UCGAACGAAUGUCGGCGAAGCUUCCCGCGAAGUGAGCUUUGUUGGGUCACUGAGCUUCGGUCGGUCUGCUGGGACAGGUGGGGGGCCACUGGAGCUGAAGAGGUGGGGGCCACUGGAGCUGAAGAGGUGGGGGCCACCGGAGCUGAAGAGGUGGGGGCCACCGGAGCUCCGCGUGACAAAAACGAUACAAACUUUAAUUUGUUUCUCUUCGGCUAAAAUGAAAGCGGCGCUCAGAGCCGCUCUGCUCCUAAAUGACGUGAAUAAGUGAGACUUUCUGCUCCAGCUGCUUCACAUCUGUCUUUCCGCUCAGCUGAGAAGGACCCACACCGGAGAAGAUGGCUCGCAACAGAAUAAUCGUUUUCUUUGACCUGGAGACCACCGGAUUAGAUACUUCAGUGUGUGAUAUCAUCCAAGUGGCCGCAGUUUGUGAGAAAAAGUUCUUCAACAACUACACUCUCCCUUGCUGCUCGCUGACCCCGAGCGCCAUCCAGGUCACAGGCUUCACAGUAAAUGAUGACGGCCUGUUUCUGCGAGGGAACCCUGUGGAAACCAUCCCUCUGCAGCAGCUCCUCACCUCAUUCAUCGCCUUUCUGCGCUCCUUCCGUCGCCCCGUGUUGCUAGCGGCCCACAAUGCAAAGCGUUUCGAUGCGCCUGUGCUCCUCAGAGUGCUGCGGAAGUGUUCCCUGUUUCAGGAGUUCCAGCAGGUGGUGUCAGGCUUCCUGGACACCUUCCUACUGAGCAAAAACCUUUACCCGUACCACGACCGAUAUUCUCAGGAGUGUUUAGUCGAAUACUUUGUUGGGAAGCCCUACGAUGCUCACAAUGCUUUGGAAGAUGCCAGGAUGCUGCAGGAGCUGUUCAAAGCAUGGGAACCGAAUGAUUCUGACAUCAGGAGAACCACUUUUAGAACCAGUUUUAAUUUUUGAGAAAAAAAAGGGUAAAAAAUUAACCAUGUCAAAUAAGGAAGCCGUUAGAAAAAAAUAUAUGUUUAAAUGUUGUUUUUUAUCAUCAUGCUUCCCUGAAAGAAAGUAAAUAUUAAAAAACAAGAAAAUUAAACAAUUGUUAACUUAUUUCUUAUGUUUAUCAUAGAAUAAUAAAGCAUGAUUAUGGCCAUCUGUUUAAUUCAUUUGCUGUUGAAGCUCUUGGGAUUGUUCUUUACUGUUGUUUCUGUGAAUUAAGGGAUAGUUUCUUUGUAUAAAACAAUAAAGUUGAAUUUACUGGACACAUCUAAAGCUCCUUUUUGCACCCAGUCAAGUUAAACCUAAAAGGGCAACAUUAAUAUACAGUUUUGACAAAUAUUUCAGAAUUUCCUGCUCAAUUGUUGAAAAAAUAUCUGCUUCUUUUAUCGGAUUUCUGACUCAGUUUAAACAUCAUGCUAAAUAGAACCUGUUUAAAUUCUUUGCUUUAAAUCCUGACAUGUUGGGGUUUGGUUGAAAUUGUUUAGAACCUGUGAAGAACCAGAUCACUUUGCUCUUAUAUAAAUGUUUUAUGUGUUCU